AACACUGGACACGGAUCCCGACCCCUCCUGGGCCCCCGCGGUGAUCAUGGUCAAGCUGGCAGCCAAGUGCAUAAUGGCAGGAGAUGCCACUGUCGGGAAGAGCACCCUGGCUCAGAUGUUCCGCAGUGAUGGGGCUCAUUUCCAGAAGAACUACACGUUGACGACGGGCGUGGAUUUGCUGGUGAAGUCCUUGGCGGUUCCUGACACUAAUGACAGUGUGGAACUCUUCAUCUUUGAUUCUGCUGGCAAGGAGCUGUUUUCAGAAAUGUUGGAGAAGCUGUGGGAACAUCCCAAUCUCUUGUGUCUUGUGUUUGAUGUGACCAACGAGCAGUCUUUCACCAACUGCGCCAAGUGGCUAGAGAGGGUGCGGUCCCAGCUGCAAGGCACCUGUCUUCCAGGUGUAUUAGUGGGGAAUAAGACUGACCUGGCUGGCAGGCGAGUGGUGGAGGAGAGUCGAGCCCGAGAAUGGGCUGGAAGCCACAGCCUGGAGUAUUUUGAAACUUCCGCUAAGGAGAUGGAGAACUUUGAAGCUCCUUUCCGCUGUUUGGCCAAAUUGUUCUACCAGCUGUACCGGGAGAGAGUGGAGCUCUUUCAGUCACUGGUGUGAGCACCUCUGCGGUCCUCCGUCCUCAGCCGGGAGAAGCAGACCUGUGCAGUCCGGAGGCUGAUCCACCUUUGUAUAGAGAAUGCUAGAAAAUAAAUUUCCAGCCACAACUUUUUUGCAA